AUGACAACAUCUAAUCUAGGAAUGAAACAGGAAUUCGUUGCUACUCUUAAAAUCUUUGACUGUUACGACAUUGAGGAUUUUGAUUGUGUUCCGGUGUUUGAGUAUUUUCGCCAGCACUUUCACAAUUUAGUUUAUGUUUUUUCCGAGUACGGCCAAGUCGCCAGCGGCAACUACAUGAGUCCAUCGGUGUUCGGUCACUCGUGUUUUCCCAAUGCUACUCGAACGUUCAACGGCUGCCGACUGGAUAUUCGAGCCAUUAAGGAAAUUAAAAAGGGCGAGCCAAUCACCGUCAGCAUAACUCGAGUGGACAAAAGUCGAAAAAAGCGGCAUUCAUACCUGGAAUACAAUUACCUCAUUGACUGCAAGUGUGAGCGUUGCACUAGCAAUUUCGAUGAAGAAUUCGACUACGCCAACAAGGAACGACUGGAGCUGGAGAUGAGCAAGGCGGAGCACACUGAUCAGUGGGACAAGGCGUUUCAGAUAGGCAAAAAGUUGAUUCCACUGUACAAGCACCUGGGCGGCUACGACACCUCCGUCUCCUGGCAUCUGAUGCGAAUGGCUGAACU